AGAACACCCCCGCCUUGUCUGAAACACACCUUCUGUGUCUCUCUCCUAUUCAAUUCGAAGGUCCGAGUCUUGUUUUUCUAGAGACCAGCGCCGAGACGACCAUGGAAGAAGACCCCAAUGAUCCAGCGCCGCCGGGCGUCCUCAGCGUCCUCGAGGCCCUGAAGAAGGCCUCCCACGAACUCCAGUCCAACCCCAAGUCCACCGCCGCCCGGCCCGAGUCGCCGGAUUCCGGCUCCCCUGCCGUCAAAGCCCUCCUCGAGCUCGAGACCGAGUCCGACAGCCUCCUCUCCAGGGACCCCAACCUCUCCGCCCUCUCCGGCCACCUCUCCACCCUCAAGACCCUCGUCUCCACCCUCCAGAAGUCCGGCGGCCACGGCCUCAGCUCGUUCUUGACCCGCCGGGUCUCCGCCCACUCCAUCUCCCGCGUCGCCGAGUCGAUCGAGUCCGAAAUCCAGGCCUGGAUCGACCGGGAGACCGUCGAGAAGCUGGUCGCGGGUCUCCGGGAGAAGGGGUGCGGGGACGAGGAGGAGCUGGUGAAGCUGCUGAGCCAACUCGAGGCCCGAGUUUUGCGAGGGUUCGAAAGGGACUUGCAGGACUUGCUGCUGAAGUCGAAGAUCUUCGGGUUGCUGGAGACAACUCUGUGGAAUCAAAAUUGCUCGAAAAGGAUCAGAGAGCAUGUCGGUUUCACGAUCGCAGCUCUGAUUCGGUUCAACAAGGACGUUUUCGUGGGUCAAGUGCUCAUGGGGGCGACAAUCCGCGCAUUGAUCACGAUGGCCUCUGCGCACUCCCUGAAGGUGCUCUGUUCCCUCAUCCAACCGAUCAAGUCCCCGCUCGUCGACGAGAUCGAAUCGAACGGCCAAAUACUGAAAAUCAUAAACUUCCUCAACCAUGAGGACCUGCAGGUCAAGGUCGUGGCCAUGGACUGCAUUCUCGAGAUUGGCUACUUUGGGCGGAAGGAGGCGAUCGAUGCCAUGAUCGAAGAAGGAUUAAUUAAGAAGCUCGUGGAGUUGCAGAGAUCGGAGUUGGGCGGCGAUUUGAUUGAUUUGGGAAGGUUCGAGCAGAACGAGGUUGAGACUGAGAGCAUGAUCAAUGCAGGCAAGAGCAAGAGCAAGAGCAGGAGGUUCUUGGAGAGCCACCCGUUCGCAAGCUGUGUGGCGAGGUUCGCAGUCCAACUUGAGGUUGGAGAAGGGCUGAGGCAGAGAGAGAAGAGGGCGUUCAAGCAGGAGAUACUGGCGACAGUGAGGGAGGCGUCGGCGAACGAUGCCGAGGCCGCCACCAUUGUUGCCGAGGUCUUGUGGGGCUCUUCACCUUGAGGUAAAAA